CACGGCCACAUCACCACCAAGUGACGCAGCACAUACAGCGUUAAGACCACUAUUGCUGUCGGCACGCCGACCAAUUCAGAGGUGAACGGAUGUCUCCAUCUGAAUGAAUCAUCCCCGAUAAAGAUGCAUCUGCCAUCGUCAACCCUCUUUCCCCUCCGCCACGGCCACCACAACCACCCGCAUCCCUCCCGGUCCGGAUCCUCCGUCUUCCCAUACCUAACAUGGCUUCGAGAUAGCGCCGUCAAGAUCGUUUUCGGGGGCCACUCCGCCAAGGACACAUCAGGUCCGAGGCCGGCCAACUUGCAUCGCAUGUUCAAAGAUGAGAUCAUCGUGCGGUUCAAUACCUCGACGGUGGAGGAGGAGCGGGCACUCGCCGAGGCUACAGAGCGACUGUUCCUCGACAUAUGGUCCUGGGAUGACAUGGUCGACCUGAGGAUACAGAAGAACAAGGUCGCGUCUCUGCUCACCCUUCUCCCCGAGUCCCUGGCCCCCGCCUACUGGGUUCUUGUCGAGGACCUCCCGUCCGCUGUCUACGACUCGUACCCAUCCCCGCCGGCGCCUCAAGACCCGUCCAAGGCUGAGCGUAAGUUCAGCCUGGACCUGACCAGCUCUCUGCCAAGCGACGGCGACGAGAAUAUUUAUUUCUUCCAAAACUACCAGCCACACAAGGUGGUGAUGCGAUGGAUGCGUCUGGUCGAAGCCAUGUUCCCGUCUUUUGUCCGGUACACUACCAUCGGGCAGAGCUACGAGGGGCGCGACAUCCCCGCCCUGGUCGUCAGCGGUAGCAACGCCGCAUCGAGGGACCGCACCAAGCCCCGCAAGACCCUCGUCGUGAUGGGCGGCUCGCACGCGCGCGAGUGGAUCUCCACCACGACGGUCAAUUACCUGGCCUGGUCGUUUAUCACGUCCUACGGCAAGGACAUGCUGAUCACCAAGUUCCUGCAGUCGCACGACGUCGUCUUCAUCCCCGAGCUCAACCCGGACGGCAUCGAGUACACGUGGACGGCGGACCGGCUGUGGCGCAAGUCCAGGCAGCACACGAGCAUGAUGUUCUGCCGGGGCCUGGACCUCGACCACGCCUUCGGCUACGAGUGGGACAGCAGCUCCAGGGCGGGCCACACCAACGACCCCUGCUCCGAGAGCUACGGCGGCGACGAGCCUUGGGAGUCAGUCGAGGUCGCUGCCCUCCGCGACUGGGCCCGGACCGAGGCCGAGAACAACAACGCCGACUUUGUCGGCCUGGUCGACCUGCACUCGUACUCGCAGCAGAUCCUGUUCCCCUACGCCUACAGCUGCGCCGAGGACCCGCCCAACCUGGAGAAGCUACAGGAACUCGCCAUGGGCCUGGCCAAGUCUAUCCGCCUGUUCUCGGGCGAGACCUACGCUGUCAAGCCGGCCUGCCAGGGUGCCGUGCCCGACUCGUUGUCUUCUUCGGCCGAUGGCCUGCGCAUCGAGCCCAGCGGCGGGUCCGCCAUCGACUGGUUCUACCACGAGAUGGGCGCCCACUACAGCUACCAGAUCAAGCUCCGCGACACGGGCAGCUACGGCUUCCUCCUGCCCAGCGAGCACAUCAUCCCCACCGGCGAGGAGAUCCUCCAGGCUCUUAAGUAUCUGGGCGACUUCUUGCUCGGCAACGACGGCAUCGAAAACCUGCGCGCCGACGAGGGCGUCGAGUCCAACGACGAGCUAUUUGCCGUGCCGGAGGAGUACGAAGAGGUCAUGGAGCUGAAGAAGCGGAGGAAGAGGUAAAAUGAGCCUGAGAGGAGGUUUGGAAGAAAAUUAAAAAAGGGAGAAACACGGGAUCUCCCGUGUCACAAAUUGGUGACGGAGACUUGAGUUGAAUUAAUGAUUCCACGGUGGGUAUAGAUGUUAGUCUCUCUUUCUUUCUGGUUUUGACACCGGCGUUUGUGCGGGAAUUCUGCUGUUACAUUUCAUGAAGUGGCACGCAUGCGUAGUUGGAAAUCAUGGACCUCAGAGACAAGGUCCUCUUUACUUACCAGAAUGAGCACAGAGCGAUGAAUCAUGCCUUAAUUUAUGGUAUGUUAUCAUAUAGAAAAAGUUUCAGCGGC